AUGUUAUUCUCCUUUGGGGGUUGGAUACUAGUACCUAUUGUUAUUUGCUAUUCCGGCACGCCUCUAGACGGGUUAUGUCGAAGGUACCUCUGGAUGACCUUAUUCUUGUAUAACCAAGGUUUGCUGUUUUUUCUGGAUACCAAGGAAGAAAGGGGGGAGAGCAGGCGUAGUGUGAAGAAUGAUAGUGAGGAGAAAAAUACCAAGUUACAAAGUUGUGGAAUAUCAUCGUAUCAUCCUGUCAUAUCCUCUGCCUCGCAACUGUCGCUUGAUAGCCUAACUGGUACAGUCGGCCCACUCGGUCAAGCUAUCAGCUCAGAUCAACAUGCUAACCGUCUCCUCCUCUACUCGAUCCUGAACACGUCUUUUGGCUACUCCAAACCUCAAGUGUCCGAUGCCCAUGGGAUGGUUGUCCUUCUGACGGAUUGCUCCGCCUCCCACCUCGUAUCACAGCGCGCAUCCACGAGGCCGAUUCAUAUCCGUCAAGCCCAUCGCUCUCAUUACAACAUCCCCCAGAACCUCCAGAGAAAACCAUAG